UCAGUCAACAGAAGUUUACCCCAGCACAAAAAAAAGAAUAGAAAUACACUAAGCAAGACUGUCUUUUAAUAGAAGCACAAAGUACUCCAACUCUCCAACUCUCAAACAAUGAAUCUCUCAGAAUCUUGUAUGUCUACAAAUGAGUUGGUAAACAAAGACCUAAAACCAUUCUCAUGUUUGAAGUGUGGAAAAUGUUUUAGCAGUAAAACCGUUCUUCUGAGACAUCAGAAAACUCACACAGGAGAAAAACCAUUCUCAUGUUCUGAAUGUGGAAAAUGUUUUGUCUAUAAAUCGUAUUUUGAAAAACAUCAGAAAACUCACACGGAAGAAAAACCUUAUUCAUGUUCUGAAUGUGGAAAAUGUUUUGUCUAUAAAUCGUAUCUUGAAAAACAUCAGCGGACUCACACAGGAGAAAAACCUUACACAUGUUCUGAAUGUGGGAAAUGUUUGGCCAGAAAAUCAAAUCUUGAAAAACAUCAGAGAACUCACACGGGAGAAAAACCUUACUCAUGUUCUGCAUGCGGGAAAUGUUUUAGCAGGAAAGCGGUUUUUGUGAGACAUCAGAAAAUUCAUACGGGAGAAAAACCUUUCUCAUGUUCUGAAUGUGGGAAAUGUUUUGCCUUUAAAUCGUAUCUUGUAAAACAUCAGAAAAAUCACAAUGGAGAAAAACCUUACUCGUGUUCUGAAUAUGGGAAAUGUUUUAGCGAGAAAUCCGAUCUUGUGAAGCAUAAUAAAAUUCACACUGAAGAAAUGCUCUACUCAUGUUCUGAAUGUGGGAAAUGUUUUCUCAGUAAAUCACAUCUUGUGAAACAUCAAAUGACUCACACGGGACAAAAGCCCUACUCAUGUUCUGCAUGCGGGAAAUGUUUCGUCAGGAAAUCGGCUGUUGUGGCGCAUUAUAGAACACACACGGGAGAAAAACCUUUCUCUUGUUCUGAAUGUGGGAAACGUUUUAGUACGAGUGAAACCGUUCUAGUGCACAAAAGAACUCACACAGGAGAAAAACCGUACUCAUGUACUGAAUGUGGAAAAUGUUUUGUCACCAAAUCGAGUCUUGCAACACAUCAGAGAACUCACACGGGAGAAAAACCUUACUCAUGUACUGUAUGUGGAAAAUGUUUUGUCACCACAUCGUGUCUAGCACAACAUCAUAUAAUUCACACGGGAGAAAAGCCUUACUCAUGUUCUGAAUGUGGGAGAUGUUUUAGUGCGAGUUCAAGCCUUGUAAUUCACAAAAGAACUCACACAGGAGAAAAACCGUUCUCAUGCUCUGAAUGUGGGAAACGUUUUCAUAGAAAAUCAAUUCUUGUUGCUCACAGGAGGCUUCACACCGGAGAAAAACCGUUCUCAUGUUCUGAAUGCGGGAAAUGUUUUGUCAAGAAAUCAGUUCUUGUGAAGCAUCAGGCAACUCACAGUAAACUAACCAUAUCCCACAUGCAUGUUCUGAAUGUGGGAUAUGUUAUCGCCAGUAAUCACAUCAUUGCUCUCUGAGCAUUCGCAGAAAAGAGAAAUUUUGUGAUGUUCUGAAUGUGGGAAAUGUUAAUCAUUGCCAAGGUUUUAUGAGGGUUUAAUGGAUAAACAUGGGAUUGGAACACCUUGUAGAGUGGGGCGGAGCCAACCUCAGAGCUGCAUGCCCGCAUCCAAAUAUGCUCCGAAGGACAGAGGCACAGAUUCUGAAGACAUCAGGCAAAAGCUAUGAGAUGGGCCACCCCAAAAGAUUUGCUGCCUUUAACCAACUCUCUAGCAAGUCUCCCGCAUCUGGCACACUAAAUUCAGCAAUGAUUCACAAGGCUUCAGCUCACUGCCACCGAGCCUGGAGGGAUCAGAGGGCUCAAAUCAUUUUACUGAUCAGGAGCUGAGACAGCCUCCGCAACGUACUUUCAAAGUAAGACGUUGCUAAUGUGCUGGGCGGGCUGCCCUGUUUAAGACCAAACUGGAUGUCAUUGACUCUUGAAAUUAGUGUGCUCAAAGACAGGAGCACACUUCACACACAGUGCAAGCCAUCCAAGACGCAGUGUCUGCCUACUCCACUCACCUAUUAGCCGUGUACAGUUUUCUUGACAAUAACCUUCGGGUUAAAGGUUUACAAGAGAAUGUUGAAGACCUCCCAAUCAUCCUCCAGGAACUCUUCAAUGUUAUCCUGGGUAAAUCUCCUGAUGCUCCUAUCACAUUGGACAGGGCCCUCAGAGCUCUACGCUCUAAAGGAGCUCAAGCUGACAAACCCUGUGGCAUCAUAUGUCACCUACAUAGUUACUACUGCAAGGAGAGCAUCUUGUGGCCCUACGGCAAUCUACUCUCUGUCCUAUUCCACAACUCACCGAUCACCAUUUACCUGGACUUAGGCCUUCUGCACUCUAAGGCCCAUCACUGAUCAACUUCAAUUAAGGUACCGGUGGAUCUUUCUCUUGGCCCUUAGUGUUAUGUACAAAGGCGGUGCACUCUACACUUGAUCAAAGAUGUACACCGUUCCUUCAAGCUGCCGGAGAUCCACAUACCAAAUUGGUAUGGCCCUUUGCAGCUCCCAGCUAUCCCUCUGUUUCCCAAACUCACACGCUGGCAGCAAACCCC